AUGCAAAUCAAGGCAAAGGGAGAUGCUGUGAAGAAGAGUAAGAAAGGCUCUGGGAAGAAAGCAAAGAAAGCUGCACCAAAGGAAGUAUUGGGUGAUGAUACAGAUAAUGAGGAUGAUAAUACAAAUGAUGCCGAAGAUGUGAGGCAAGCAGUUGAUCAUCAGAAGAAAAGAAAAAGACAUGAACCCAAACAAUCGAAAGACCUGAAAAGGAUGAAGAAGCAAAUCGAAAGAUCCGAUAGUGAAGAGGAAAAAGAAGAAGAAUCUAAUAAGCAAUGUGUUGUCUAUAAACAAGGAAGAAGACGUAGGAGUGGAGUUUAUACCAAGAACAAAUUUUUUGAAGAGGUCACCAUUGACGAAAAAGUCAGUAUUGAAGCGAAAAGCAAACAAGGCAGAAGAGGAUGGGAAGCAACCAGGAAGCAAGGUAAGAAGAAUCAAGGAAAGGACAACAUGGAAUCAAAGGACAACCAGUGUACUACUCAAAGAUUGUGA